GGAGUGGGCGUGGGUGUGGGUGAGUUUGGGCUUUAUAAACGCAGCGAAUGGGCUUCAGCGCGGACCUCACUUGUUGAGUGAUCUCUAGGAGGACAGUCUGACGCGAGCCUCACACACACACACCGAAAAUGACGACGGCAAUGAUGAAAGGAUUUGUGCUGUUCGUCUGCUUGUUCUUCACAGUUGUUCAGUCCAUCACAUGCGAGGCGAACAGGAUAGAUGCGCGCAAAAAGCACGAAAACGACGUGGCGCACCACAGCUCUGCCACAACAGCAGGAGCGUGGAAUCAGAAGCCAAAAAGACUCUUUGCCAGGACUCGCUAUCUGUCUCAGCAGAGACAUCAUGUGGUGAGACCUAAGCCCAGGCCUGAGGCGGUUUCUCCAGCGCGGCGCUGCGCCGGUCUGAUGGAGAGCUGCUCCUCGCUCACUCCCUGCUGUGACCCAUGUGCUUCCUGUCACUGCAGGCUCUUCAACACCAUCUGCCACUGCUGGAGACUCGGACACCUCUGCCCCAAGAAGACCUAAUCACCCCAGACGCACAUAUAUGUAUCGGUGCUUCUCAGCUGCUUUCACGUUAGCUCUGCACAUUGGACAUCAAAUGUUGUUUAGCGUACAAAAACAAAGUCAUGAAAAGUUGCUUCUUGGUUAGUUUAUAAAUAUUUCUUGAAGUUUGAUGGUAUCUCGUUCCCAGCUUGCAACAAUUCACCAAAGCCAUUUUUGUUUGUUUUUUGGUGAUGGCAUAUCUGUCUAAUUUGACUCACUUCUACCAAAGAUUUGGCCAAAAUACUGCUCGAGUUUAGUUGCAUACUUUGAUAUUCAAGGAAUUUUCCGUACAGCUGGCAUAAUGUUGAUUACCACAGAAAUGAUUUCGACCCAUCUCAUGUCUUCUUUAAAACAAGCAGAAAGCACAGGCACUACAUUAAGUGAAUGAGGCCAAUUUUUGGAGGAUUUAAAAACUUUGAUUUUAUAAAAGCUCCUACGUAAAAAAAAAAUUUUGUAUUGCAGCGGUGAAGCUGUUUAAAUCAUUUGUAUAGUCAUUUAAGGUUUUAGAAUUUACAAGUUGCAAAAUUGGAAACAACUGUAGACAGACAAGAUUAGUAAGCGACUGAAAUCAUAUGAAAACAAAUAUUGUUUAUGUGCGGCUGCAUUGCUGAAGCAGUGAGUAUUUCAACAUUCACAGAUUACCUCCGUUCACUUUUUUGUGAAUUGUCAGUGUAACACAAAACGUCUGCUUUUUUUUUUUAAGAUUUAUUUUAUACAGGAAGUGAAGUGGGUGGGGGGGGAUCGGGAAA